CCAUGUCCUACCCUGUGACCAGCCAGCCCCAAACCCAGAGCACCUGCUACCAGACUCAGCAAAGCGACUGGCACACAGAACUCACGGACUGCUGCAGUGAUAUGCCCGUGUGUUUGUGCGGCACCUUCGCCCCCUUGUGCCUGGCCUGCCGCAUCGCUGAUGAUUUUGGGGAGUGCUGCUGUGCGCCCUACCUGCCUGGUGGUCUCCACUCCCUCCGUACGGGCAUGAGAGAGCGCUACCGCAUCUUGGGCUCCGUCGGAAACGACUGGGCAGCGCUCACCUUCUGCCUGCCUUGCGCGCUCUGCCAGAUGGCUCGGGAGUUGAAAAUCAGACAGUGA